AUGUCUUCUGGUACCCCUCCAACUCAAAAGCGACGGCUCCCCGCCUCGCCGUCUCUUUCCCCUGGAUUUUUCCAACCAAAGCCUCAAAUUCUCUCCUGGGGUCCUUCUAGAGCGAACGGUGGACCGCGCCCUCAAUCCCCUCAAGAGCCCUUCCUCACUGCCCCAUUUGGUUACCCUUCCCCAAAUACAAUGUCCCCAACUUCACCCAUUACAAGGCCGCUUUCAUUUUCACCGCAUCUGCGACAUCUCUCUCCAGCUCCUAGCAGCGGUGUUUCCACAGUUAAAUCUAUGAGCGAACACGAUAGCUCUGACGAAGAGGUCUUUUCUCCUACGAAUCAAAAUCUCCAGGUUCAUCUACCAGAUCCGGAAUCGGAUUCGGAAAACGAGGGGAACGAUAGCCUAGACAUAGAUAUUGACCUCAUGGAUCCUUCUACUAUCCCAUUGGACCUUAAGUCCGAUACUACUUCUUUAUUCUCUGAGCGUAUCUUUUCCUCAUCCGGUCAGAAGAAAUCUGCAAUAAUUACAAUCGAAGAACUGCCAGCACUCCCAAUGUCGCCCGCCCUGAGCCGCACAUACUCCUCCCAGUCGGCUGCAUCUAGCAUUAGCGCUGCUACUGCAGGCCACGUCAGCUGGCAGGAUUCUGGGAUCGAGGUCAUCCAAGGAGAAUACUCUUCCUGUGCUUCUGACUCUGAAUUGGACGAUACUACCGACGACCCACAGACCGAGGAUGACGACGACUUUGAAUGGAACGUCGAUGUGUGUUCUAGCAGCUACCCAACUGACGAUUUCCUGCUUGGAGGCUUCCUGGGACUUAGUACCGGUGGUACCAAUGCCGCAAUGAUGGGAAUUGGUAUGGCUUUCCCUAAGGCAAUUGACAGAUCUUUCAAUACCAACGUUUCGACUCGCCCCGCUACCCCAUUCGCCCCAAGAAAAACCAGAGGCUACGCAACCAUUGCUACCCCCUCCGUUCUUACCCAAAACCUGGAGAAGCCUACUGUAACUGGCAGUGCCAACAGCACCCUUAAGCGUCGCAGCCUCAAUACCCCAAAUACCAAGAAGAGAAGACGCAUCUAUUCCCUCUUCGAUGAUAAGGGUGGCGAGGGCGACGACGAAAGCGACGAAGCAGAAAGCCCCGCUAGCCCUGCCAAGCGAGUCAAGAGCAGGAUGAACAUGGACUCUGUCCUGAACGGUGGAGCUUUCAACCUGCAGCAACAGCAACAUGCGAACCCGAGGCGAGGUAGCCUGAGUCAGAUGUUUGGCGUGGUUCUCGGCGACGACAUGGACGUUGACCUUUGA